GGGCAAGUGGUUUGCUGAUGUCAAUGUUGUGAACGGUGUCCCAUGGUCGCAGUGUGAUUAUGGUAUGGGCAGGCAUAAACUACGGACAACAAACAAAAUUGCAUUUUAUCGAUUACAAUGUAAAUUCACAGACAUACCGUGACGAGAUCCGGAGGCCCAUUCUCGUGCCAUUCUUCCGCUGCAAUCACUUCACGUUUCAGCAUGCUAAUGCACGGCCCCGUGUCGCAAGGAUCUGCACACAAUUCCUGGAAGGUGACAAUGUGGCAGUUCUUCCAUGGCCUGCAUACUCACCAGACAGGUCACUCAUUGAGUAUGUCGUACAAGAUCAUCAACUUCGCCCCGACUCUGCUCCAGAUCAUUGUGUCUGAACAGGUGGAGUUCCCUGUUCGCCAAGCAGCGGCCAUCUACCUAAAGAACAUGGUGAGCCAGUACUGGCAGGACCGCGAGCCCUCUCUAGGGGAGGUGGUGUUCCCCUUCAACAUCCACGAGAACGACCGCACGCAGAUCAGAGACAACAUCGUGGAGGGCAUUAUCCAGUGUCCCGAGUCUAUCCGGGCCCAGUUGACAGUGUGUUUGCGAGCCAUCAUAAAGCACGACUUCCCUGGGCGCUGGACGGCCAUAGUGGAUAAGAUCGGCCUGUACCUGCAGUCUCAGAACAGUAGCAGCUGGUACGGCAGCCUGCUGGCCCUCUACCAGCUGGUCAAGACAUACGAGUAUAAGAAGGCGGACGAGAGGGAUCCGUUGCUAGCAGCCAUGCAGAUCUUCCUGCCCCGUAUACAGCAGCUCAUCACCCAGCUACUGCCUGACGGCACCAUCUUCUCCGUCCUCAUACAGAAACAGAUCCUCAAGAUCUUCCACGCACUCGUACAGUACUCCCUGCCUCUCCAGCUGAUUAAUAACACAGUCAUUACCCAGUGGAUGGAGGUCCUCAGAGCUGUUAUGGACAGAGAUGUUCCCCCAGAGACGUUGGAGGUGGAUGAGGACGACCGUCCUGACUUGGUGUGGUGGAAGAGUAAGAAGUGGGCCCUACACAUCGUCACCAGACUGUUCGAGAGGUACGGAAGCCCAGGCAACGUGACAAAGGAGUACUUUGAGUUUGCAGACUUUUUCUUGAAGACCUACGCUGUAGGGAUCCAACAGGUCCUGUUGAAGGUGCUGGACCAACACCGUCAGAAGCAGUAUGUCACGCCUCACGUCCUCCAGAAGUCUCUUAACUACCUGAACCAGGGCCUGUCUCACUCCCUCACCUGGAAACACAUGAAGCCGCACAUGCAGACCAUCAGCCAGGAGGUGAUCUUCCCUCUAAUGUGUUACAAAGACGAGGAUGAGAAACUGUGGCAGGAGGAUCCAUACGAGUACAUCCGCAUGAAGUUCAAUGUGUAUGAUGACCAUGCCCUCCCUGCCACCGCCGCCCAGAGCCUCCUGUGUAAAGCAGCCCGCAAGAGGAAGGAGGUUCUUCCCCAGAUGAUGGAGUUCUGCCACCAGAUCAUGAUGGAGCCCUCUGCUGACCCCCGCAGGAAGGAUGGGGCGCUGCACGUCAUCGGCUCACUGGCCGAACUCCUCCUGAAGAAGAGGGUGUACAGGGAGCAGAUGGAGCUGAUGUUACAGAACUACGUUUUCCCUCUACUCAACUCCCCUCUGGGAUACCUCCGGGCCAGGUCCUGUUGGGUGCUACAUUCCCUACAGUCCAUCCAUUCGUGCUGGGUGCUGCAUUCGUUCAGCCCGCUGCGUUUCCAUAACGAGUUGGUCCUGAGGAAUGCGGUGGAGCUGGUCAAACAGGGCCUCGUAGCAGACAAGGAGAUGCCCGUCAAGGUGGAGGCUGCUAUCGCCUUGCAGACACUGGUCAGCAACCAGGAGCAAGCUAAGGUCUACAUCAGGCCCUACAUCCGGCCUGUCAUGCAGGAGCUGCUCCACGUCAUUAAGGAGACGGAGAACGAUGACCUCACUAAUGUCAUUCAGAAGAUGAUCUGCGAGUACAACCAGGAAGUGGCUGUCAUCGCCGUCGACAUGACCCAGAACCUGGCUGAGAUCUUCACCAAGGUGCUACAGAGUGAAGAGUAUGAGGAGAGUGAAGACAAGACAGUGAUGGCUCUGGGGAUCCUCAGCACCAUAGACACCAUACUCACUGUUAUGGAGGAUCACAAGGAGAUCACUCAGCAGUUGGAGGGCAUCUGUUUACAGGUGAUAGGCCUGGUGCUGCAGAAGCCCAUCAUAGGUAUGGCAGAGUUCUACGAGGAGAUUCUGUCCCUGGCGUUUGGGCUGACCUGCCAGACCAUCUCCCCUCAGAUGUGGCAGCUACUGGCUGUGCUCUACGAGGUCUUCCAGCACGACUGCUUUGACUACUUCACGGAUAUGAUGCCUCUUUUGCACAACUACGUUACCGUGGAUACAGACAUGCUCCUGUCCAACCCCAAAUAUUUAGAGGUCAUAUACACCAUGUGCAAAAAGGUGCUGACCAGUGAUGCAGGUGAGGAUGCAGAGUGUCACGCUGCAAAGCUGCUAGAGGUCAUCAUCCUCCAGUGUCGGGGGAGGGGCAUCGACCAGUGUAUCCCGUUGUUCGUGGAGGCUGUGUUGGAGCGGCUAACCCGAGGUGUGAAGUCCAGUGAGCUGAGGACCAUGUGUCUGCAGGUGGCCAUCGCUGCUCUCUACUACAACCCAGCCCUGCUCAUCCACACGCUGGACAACAUGCACUUCCCCCACACCCCACAGCCCAUCACCGCUCACUUCAUCAACCAGUGGAUGAAUGACACCGAGUUCUUCCUGGGGCUCCAUGACCGUAAGAUGUGUAUCAUCGGACUGAGUGUUCUGAUGGAGCUACCCUCCAGGCCGGUGGUGGUAGAGGAGAUAGCGGCUCAGAUUGUCCCCAGCGUCCUGCUCCUCUUCCUGGGGCUCAAACACCUUUACUCCUCCCGCCUCAACAAGCCAGACCUUCUGGCCUGCACUGGGGUACCGGAGGAAGACCAGAACGAGGAGAUCCCUAGCGAUGAGGACGAGGUGAAUGAGAACCGUAACGCCAUGAUGCAACAGCAGACCUGCACACCCGUAGGCCACGAGGACGACGAUGAGGAGGAGGAGGAUGAUGAUGAAGACUACUGGGAUGAAGAGGGGCUGGAGGGGACACCCCUGGAGGAGUACAACACGCCCCUGGACUAUGACAAUGGAGAGGACGAGUACCAGUUCUUCACCGCUGCCCUACUCAGGGUCCAGAACACUGACCAGCCUUGGUACCAGUCUCUGACCACGCCCCUCAGUGAUGACCAGAAGAAACAGCUGCAGGAGAUCUACAGCCUGUCCCAGCAGAGGAGGAGCACCGCCACCAAGGGCCAAUGAGCUGUAAGAGACAUGGCUGGAGGCCUGGAUGGAAGGAGGUGUAGCAGCAGAGUUCUGGCCUGAUCUGAAGUGGAUUUAAAAUACACCAAGAACUGUUUCAGUCCAGAUCAGAUCUAGACUUUACUGAUCCCACCAAGACCGGGCCAUCUAGAACCAUAACUGAACUGGGUGGAGACCCACCAGAGACAUAACACCAGGACUUUGAGAGAGAGAGAGAGAGAGAGAGAGAGAGAGAGAGAGAGAGAGAGAGAGAGAGAGAGAGAGAGAGAGAGAGAGAGAGAGAGAGAGAGAGAGAGA